ACCAAGCUUGCCUCUCUGUGCGUCCGCGGAAGCAUUGAUGAAUUAUCCGUAGUGCCCAAUUUGUCCUCCAUGUCCAGGUGGGGUACGCAAGGUGCGGGAGGUACCCUCACCUUUACGGAAGAAACUCCCCAGGAGCUUCGCGACGGAAGCGGCACUUCGUCCGCAUGGGUUCCGUGGUUAUCGUCGUACUGCUCGUUUUAAGGUGCGUUCCCACUACCGGGCGGGAGUGCGGAACGGCGCCCACAACGGCAGAAACGGCACUUGAGUGCCACCGGACAGCCGCUUUCCGGCGUCGUGCAAGCAGUCGGUCCCUGCGCGACUGACACUGUCCGCCGGGAGGUCACUGACCAAUCACAGUAAAGGCGAGGAGGACGCCGUUUCCCCUUCCGCUCGAAACCGUGUUUCCGUGUUGUCUGAUGUCGCGGCGCACGUGGUUUUUCCACGCUUGCUGUAGCUAUGGACCGCGAAAUGGAGCUUCUUUUGGAACGCAUAAAAGACUUCAGGUACCUCUACGACAAAAGUGAGCCGAACUUCAAGGAUACACAGAUGAAAGAAGCCAGGUGGGAAAUGAUCGGCAAGGAAUUCGGAAUGUCGGGAGCAACAUGUGAAAAGAAGUGGCGCAACGCGCGAGAUCACUGUGUGAAGAUACGGAACAAGCUAGCAUCUGCAUCCCGUAGUGGCAUGGCGGCGGCUGCGCUGCCGGCAGUGAAAUGGCCUUAUUUUGAGGUUGUUUCAAGUAUGUUGGGGCCAUUACCAUCGGGGUCGUAUAUUACGAAUGUUCGCCCCGAAAUGGUGCCACCCAGAAAUACUGGGGUUUCCUGUAGCCAGCCUUCCCGGCCACCUUCUCCUCCAAGUGCAACUGCACAGGAAACAGCUAGGGACCUGCUAGAGUCGAUGUACAAUGGGAGUUCAAGCAUCAGCACCUCUGCUGAUGAUUAUGAACCUUCUAGUCAUGCACACGAGGAGCACUGCAAUCAGGGGAUGCACGCCAGUGGUCAGUCCGUAUCAGCAAGCGGACAAAAGCGAAGAAGAACUGCUGCAGCUGCACAUGCACAAAGGAAAGAGAAGGCUACUGGUGACAUGGAUAUGGAUGACACAAUUCAGAAGACGCUGGAUGUCUGUGCAACGAAGUUGGAUAGUCUGCACCAGAAAGGGGACGACAUUUGCAUAAGCCACGGGAUAGCCAUUGGUUGGAGGCUCAAGGAGCUGCCUCGGCACCUGCGAACUGACGUGCUGCACAAAAUAGACACAGCAUUCUAUGAAGCGGAAAUGUCGUUGUACUCAACAAAUGUACGUGAAUAAAGACAUUAUUACUGGU